ACCAGCCCAAGAUGCCUUUGUGGUCAGAUGAGGCAAUGUGAGCGCUUCAGGCUCUAGAGGUCUCCAUCCAGCAUGCAGCAACAUCCACCUAUCGGAAUUCUUCCCCUCACUGUCUAGUGCAGCGGACAGCGGUAUAGGAAGGAGAGGAGAACGUUCAGAGCCACGGAGACAGAGGGAACCUGAGACACGCACGCGUCCCGAACGACACAGAAAGGAAGGGAACUUUGAUUUGACGCGUGGCCGAUAAUGAUGAAAUUGAUGACACGAAAGAGCUGCAUUCCUUAGUGAAGGGAAUAAUUUACAUUUCGAGUGUUCCAAUAUAUAAUGUCCUUGGAUCCCUGCUCAUUGUAGAUUAUAUUUAAUUGCUCUCUCCUAUUUCUGAAAUCUUUCUUUAUUGUGAUUGUACACUUCGUUCACCCGCAUGAAUUUUAAGGCAGUCUGAGCGCAUUGUUUCCAGCUUCGUCGCAUGGGAUUUCCAGUCGUGUCGGGUGCGGUGAUGUCUGCAACAUUUCGCUCUUUGUUUCUGGUGCUGCUGAGCCUGCUGACGGCCGGCGCCCAGACAGAAAUGAAGAGAGUCGUCGGAGACAACACCACCCUGCCGUGCCACCAUCAGUUCUGGCAAUCCAAUGUGCAGUUGCUUGACAUCGAGUGGCUACUGCAGAAGCCCAACUCCAAGCAGAGAGUGAUCAUCACGUUUUUCGGGGGCCAGGUUUACACCAACGAGGUGACCAGCGGGACCAGUCGUCUGUCUUUCGCUGGGGACUACCUGAAAGGAGACGCCUCCCUGCUCCUCAGUGACUUACAGCUGACCGACUCUGGGGAGUACUACUGCAAGGUCAAGAUGGGGGGAAAGUACCACUGGAGCCAAGUCAACCUCAUAGUGCUGGUGAAGCCCUCUAAGCCACGAUGCUGGAUGGACGGCAGGCUGCUGGAGGGCAGUGAUGUUAAACUGAGCUGCAAAUCCAGUGACGGCUCAGACCCUAUCAAAUACAAUUGGGAGAGGGUGCUGGAUAAGGGAAAGAGUGUUGGGAACCUCCCCCUACUGGCACUGAGAGAUCUGAAGAAUCCAGAGAUCGUCACCCUGCGGAACCUGACGAAGGACAGUACAGGUGUCUACAAGUGCACUGCCAGCAAUGACGUUGGCGAGGAGAACUGCAUCAUCGAGGUCACCAUGCAGUAUGUUCGAGGGAUGGGCGUGCUGGCAGGUGCCGUGGUGGGCGUCUCCUUUGGUGUUCUCCUCAUCAUCCUAAUCAUCUGGCUCGUCUUCCGCAAGAAGGAGAAGAAGAAGUAUGAGGAGGAGGAGACUCCCAAUGAGAUCAGGGAGGAUGCAGAGGCUCCCAAGGCCAAGCUGGUGAAGCCCAACUCACUGUCCUCAUCCCGCUCUGGCAGCUCCCGCUCCGGGGCCUCCUCAACACAGUCCAUGGUGCACAACACCGCACCCCACGGGCACCGCCCUCGGCCCCCAGCGAUAGCUGCCCUUAAGGAGAAUGGACAACCCCCUGACUUCCCCCAGUCCCCCCCAGCAUACACAACGGUGGUACCCCCAACAAGACCCCUGAGCCCCUGGCACCCCCAAAUUCAACAUCAACUCCAGGAAACAGAUCUCUGGGCCCACUCCCCCCACUCUCAUGGUCCCUGCCCAGACCAAGGCCUUUCAAACUGUGUAGGAUGGAGAAGAAAGUCUGUCCUGGCUAUGUUGAUGUGUAAAACCCACCCUUUCAAAGACACAAACUCUUCCGUUAAACAACGAAAUGCAAGUAGUAAAAGGAUGUAAUUAAAAUAAUCAAUAAUAUAAACCCCAAAACUUUUAAUGAAUGCAUACUUUAAAAGGGAAAAUAAGAAAUGCUUGCCCCCUACUGAAUAAAAAACAACAAAAACAAAAAAA